AAGACACAAGAUCAACAGAGAAGAAAGAAGAAGAAGAUAGAAAAAUAGAAGCGAAAGUUUUUCUCAUUGUAGUUUUCAUUUCAUCACUCCACUGCAUGAUAGAAGAAAAGAGUUUACCAAUAAUGGCUCACCAAGUCUCUUCAGAUCAUAUUCCUUCCUUUAAUGAUGAUGAGAGAAUUCCACUUCCACCAUCACAAGAAGAGACUAAGUCUGCCGGUGAUGAUCACGUCGAAAGACGGCUUUCAUCACCGAAAACCCGACAAGAAGACAAUAUUGAAGGAAAUAAUGCUUUACAAGACGUGGGAUGUUCUUCCUAUUCUCCUUCUUCUUCUUCAUUCUUGCCUUGUAAAGAAGUACCGAGUAGUGCUACUUCUUGUGAGGCUUCAAUGGAAGAGGAUAAUGAGAGAGAGAGGCUGAAGAGACAUCGGAUUGAGGUGGCGGGUCGGGUUUGGAUUCCGGAUAUUUGGGGUCAGGAGGAUCUGUUGAAGGAUUGGAUUGAUUGUUCUGCGUUUGAUGCUUGUCUUGUGCCUAAAGAAAUCAUGUCUGCUAGAGAAGCUUUGGUUGAAGAAGGAAGAAGAGCAACAUCCGGUCGACUAAGAAUAGAGAACAGGGAAGCUUAUAGAUCGAAUGCGAACCAAAAGAAAACGAAAAUCGGCGAGUGAGGAGCCAUAAUGAG